AUGUCUGGACUGGAUGCCCUGGCUCAAGGCUCGCAGUAUGCAUUGCAACAACUCCACGAUUCUCACUUGAACCCAGCACCUCAGGAGCACGACGCAUUUAGCCAGAACCAGAGCCAGAACCAGAACCAGAACGGGCAGGAGCAGAAUGCGAGCAAAGGCGGCAGCAGUAACGGAGCACCAGUGCGACGCAGAAUCAGUCGGGCGUGCGACCAAUGUAACCAGCUGCGAACAAAGUGCGAUGGCAAGACUCCUUGCGCACAUUGCGUUGAAUUCGGUCUUAGCUGCGAAUACAAUCGAGAACGCAAGAAGCGAGGCAAGGCUUCACGCAAAGACAUUGCUGCUCAGUCGCAAAACCCGGCGACAGCGACGUCAGACAAUGGCGGGAACGACAGUCCAAAGUCGAGCAACGAACAAUCCGCUCCCCCGGAAAGCGCCCCCGAGAUUGCCCAGAACUCGCUCAAGCGACGAAGGUCAAGCAUCCAUCACAUUGCUCCACCACCGCCGAGAAAGGCCUCGAUGCCUGCGCCAGCCUCGCAGACCUUGGCCCCACCUCCAGCUCUACCACCCGCCCAAACACAACAACCACAGCCUCAGCCAACUCAUCAUUUACCACCACUGAAUCUGAACAAAGAUGCUGUCCCAGGUGCUCCGAACGAUCGCUAUUCGAAUUUGCGUGCCUCGGUCGACGGUCAAAGUCAUCCUAAUGCUCUGCCUGCUCCUCGCGCCAAUUUAUCCACAAUACCUGAUCGGACUCCUGUUGGCGUUACAAACUACACAGGCUCAAUCGACGACUAUCACCGCAAUGUGCUACAACAACCUCCGUCUGCCGUGACCCAUCACCAAAUGAUGCCUGCUGGUCCUGCGCCGUUGGCCUACACAAAUGGCAUGCCCUUCAACCCUGAGAGCCCCUAUGCUGUACCGAGUCCGCAGAGCCAGAACUUCAACUCGAACUUCAGAAUGGGCGAGUCUCCCAUCUCAGCACAUGGCUUGAUGGGAACAUCGCCACAUGCUGGCUCUCCUGGAUGGCUCCAACUACCCUCUCCCUCGGCUGCUCUAUAUACCAACUUCCAGCAGCCAAAUAACCAGACGUUGCGUUACCCUGUACUAAAACCAAUCCUCUCCCGCAUUUCGGCCAUAAUACCCAUCAGCCUAGCCUGCGACCUCCUCGAGAUUUACUUUUCGAGCUCAUACAGCAAGUUCAUUCAACCUGCCUCUCCUUAUGUUCUGGGCAUCAUAUUCCGCAAGAACUCUUUCCUACGCCAAAACAAUCCUCGGACUUGCAGUCCGGCGUUACUUGCCAGUAUGCUUUGGGUCGGUGCUCAAACUAGCGAAUCUGCUUUCUUGACGUCCCCUCCUUCGGCGAGAGGUAAAGUUUGUCAGAAGCUACUGGAACUUACAGUCAGUUUGCUGCGACCGCUUAUUCACACACCAACCGAAGGAGCCAAUCAAGCUGCAAAUCCAGUUGUCAAUGGCGUGGCGCUCGGAGGCUUCGGCGUGGCGCUGCACACCGCAAGACACGACAGCGAAGGUGGCUCUACCGGUGCUGCAGGUGCUCUGGAUGAUGUUGCGACAUAUAUCAACCUCGCCACGGUCGUCUCAGCUAGCGAGUACAAAGCCGCCAGUUUGAGAUGGUGGAACGCAGCCUGGUCUCUGGCUAGAGAGCUCAAGCUUGGCAGAGAGCUUCCGCCGAACCCGGAUCCCUCCUUACAACAGGACGAGAACGCAAUUGCGGAUGGCAACGCCGAGAACGACAUGGGCAUGAAUGCACAGCAAGGCUUCAACGCACGGCGAUUCAGCGGUAUGCCUGCAUCAAUGUCACAACCAGGUUCCGUGACAGAGGAAGAACGAGAAGAGAGAAGAAGGGCCUGGUGGCUACUAUACAUUGUCGACAGACAUCUGGCUCUUUGCUACAACAGACCACUCUUCCUUCUCGAUGCAGAGUGUGAAGGUCUACUACAACCCGAAGAUGAAUCGGUAUAUCAGGCUGGCGAGUACUACACGACAGAAAACAUGCCCGAAACAUACUACCGAAGACGAGGCCCACCACUCGAAUGUACUGGACACAGUAUCUUCGGCUAUUUCCUGCCAUUGAUGACUAUUCUGGGAGAAAUCGUCGACCUGAACCACACGCGAAACCACCCAAGAUUUGGCAUGCGGUUUAGGAAUGGUACAGAUCUGGAUGACAUGGCGCAUGAGAUCAGUCUGCAGCUUGAUUCGUAUGGUCGAAGUCUAGAGGCAUUUGAAGCUCGAUUUAUACCGACCGAGGGUACUAAUCCUGAUGGUUCGCACGUCGAUAAUGCCAGUCCAUCAGGUCAAUCCACGAGCAGCAAUCGUAUUACCGAAACUAUCCUUCUCACCAAAACAAUCGUUGCAUAUGGAACACAUCUGAUGCACACACUACACAUUCUCCUGAAUGGCAAGUGGGAUCCUAUCUCCCUCUUGGACGAUAACGACUUGUGGAUAUCUUCACAAUCCUUCGUCUCUGCUACGGGACAUGCUGUAUCGGCUGCCGAUGCCAUCAGCGGUAUCCUGGACUACGAUCCGGAUCUCAGUUUUAUGCCAUUCUUCUUUGGCAUUUAUCUUCUGCAAGGCAGCUUCUUGCUGCUGCUGAUCGCAGACAAGUUGCAAGGAGAAGCCAGUGCAAGUGUCGUCAAAGCAUGCGAGCAGAUCGUACGAGCGCAUGAAGUCUGUGUUGUGACAUUAAACACAGAAUAUCAGAGAAACUUCCGAAAAGUGAUGCGUAGCGCUCUGAGUCAGGUCCGCGGCCGCAGUCUCGAAGACUUUGGCGAACAACAGCAACGCCGCAGGGAGGUGCUUGCCUUGUACAGAUGGACAGGAGACGGUUCCGGACUGGCGUUGUAG